AUGGCUCCAAAGAUCUUCAUCACCGGUGUAACAGGGUACAUUGGCGGGGAUGCCCUCUAUGCCCUCCACAAGGCUCACCCAGAGUAUGAAUACACGGCAAUCGUCCGCAACGCAGAGAAGGGAGCGCCAGUAGCUGCUGCGUACCCUAAAGUCCGUCUCGUGUAUGGCACCCUUGACGAUGCCGCUGUGCUGGAGGAGGAGAGUGCAAAGGCAGACAUAGUUAUCCACACCGCAGAUGCCUCCGACCACGUCCCAGCCGCAACUGCCAUCGCCAAAGGAAUUGCCAAGGGUCACUCGAAGGAGAAGCCCGGAUUCUGGCUGCAUACUUCCGGCACCGGUAUCCUGUGCUGGAAGGACGAGGAGACCAAGACCUUCGGCGAGCCUCCCUCCCAGCCAGCCUACGAUGACCUGGACGCCGUCGGCGACCUUACCUCCCUGCCCGACAAGGCUUUCCACCGCGAUGUCGACAAGCUCGUGCUCGCCGCCAGCUCCGACGUCGUAAAGACCGCCAUCGUCUGCCCCUCGACCAUCUAUGGCGCCGGUCGCGGUCCCGGCAACACACGGAGCAAGCAGGUACCUGGCCUUGCCCGGGCGACAUUAGAGCGAGGCAAGGCGCCACAAGUAGGGCGCGGCCUCACCGAGUGGGACAACGUGCACAUCUACGACGUGAGCCAGUUCUUCAUCCUGCUGGUCGAAGCCGCCAUCGCGCACAAGCCGGAGCUCGAUGCCGAGCUCUGGGGCCCCAACGGCUACUUCCUCCUCGAGAGCACGCACCACGUGUGGGGCCAGGUGGCCAAGCAGAUCGCCGAGGAGGCGUACAAGCAGGGCUUCCUCAAGAGCCCCGAGGUGGAACCGCUGUCGGGCGAGGAGGCGCUGAGGAUCGCCGGCUUCCAGGCGCUGUCAUGGGGCUUGAACUCCAAGGGGUAUGCUAAGAGAGCGAGGAAGUUCUUGGGCUGGGCGCCCAAGGGAGCUCCCCUGGAAGCUGAGAUCCCGGCCACGGUGGCUGCCGAAGCUGCUAGCCUCGGUCUGAAAUCUUCAAAGGCGUAG